GCUUUGUAACUUACGACCGUUCUGAAGUAAAUUAAGCUAUAGAAGUUACGUUUUUCAAUUACAUUAUUUUUAUAAAUUACCUCUACAACUAUAGAACGAAAUAGUAAGAGAACUUUUCGUAGAUUACAUCAUAAAGCAACAUUUUUUUUUCGUGUGUAAAUGAUUAAUCUAAAAGUCAAAGGACUAAACGAAUGUUUGAUAUGGAGAUUCAAAAUAUUAUCGAUUUGAUGAACACAAUAAUUACCUCGAAGAAUGGUUCUGUGUUUAAUACAUUUUUAUGAAAAAGAAUAUUUUUGCAUAUAAAAGAUUAUUUUGAUGAAAUUAUUGAGCAUAGAAGCAUCUUAUUUUCAAGAUUUUAAGCGCAUAUAAAUCCAGUCUCUACUUAUGAUGCUCGCCUGGUCACAUACCUGUAAUAUGUACUUUUGGCUUUAUUGGAUUUUUUUGGGUCCAAAAUUCAAACAUGAAAUUUUAUUUUAAGGUUUUACAGGCUAAUGCGAGUUUUAUAUAAAUUUAUAUAUAUAUGUAUUUUUUUUUUUAAUAACAAACAAUAAAGUAAGUACUUACUCAUAACUCGUAUUGUAGAAAAACUUUGAUAACAAGUUAGUGAUUGGCGGCUAGGCAAAGUAUAUUCAGAAUUAAGAAGUUUAGCCUAAAGAAAUCCUGAAGUUUAGCCUGUAAAAAAAUUAUUUUAAUUACUUUUUUUUAUCACUCAUAUUUUACAAUUUGUUAAAAAUAAAAACAAUUUACCUGCAUUUUUUUUAGUUCAUUAUUUAGAAUUUUAGGGCAUUAAAGUAUAUUUUUUAGGGUCUUAUAGAGCAUUACAUUCCCAGCCCUAGUUAUGUUUAAUAAGUAUGGGGUAAAUACUAAGUAAAUAGUUAUUUUUUUAAUUUACUAAUGAUGAGGUUAUCCCCAAUAACAUUAAUGUCAACAAUAUAGGUAUAUAAUAUAUUCUGUGAAUAUGCAAUAUUAUGGACUAUUAUUAUAAAUUAUUAUUUAUCAAUUAUCAAUUAGUAUAUUUAAAAUUUCGGAUUAUUAUUAUUUAUUUUUAUUAAAUUAAUAUUUACAAAAUUGAAUAUAUUUUUAAUCUGUGGUUUACGACUAAAAUUAAUUAACUCAUAAGUUACUGAAUAACAUAGAAACAAAUAUAUUAACUUGGUUAAAAGUAACUUAAUUUUAACUUUUUAACUCGCUAAUGCCCAACUUUGCAGCAAUUUACAAUAAAUAGGUUCAUUAUGUAAUAAUAUCUUUAUAUACCUACUUUCUUCCUAUAAGAAUGUUAAUUAUAAAGUAUUAGGUAUAAUAUACAAGGCUGGGCAUUAACGAGUGAAAAGGUUAAAGUUAAGUUAAAAAGUUAAUUUAAUUUUAACUUUUAACUUAACUAGUUACUUUUGGCUUUUCAUCAACUUAACUGUCAACUUACUAAAUUUUUUUUUUAAUUAACGUGAAAUUGUCAAAUUAAUUUUUUCAUUUUAAGAAGUAAGUUAAGUUAAUUUAUUUUGUUUUUAAUUUUAAUAUAUUUCACUAUUUCAGUCCAUUUUGUUUUUCAUGUAAAAAAAUAUUUACCAUGAAUUGUUUGAAGUUAAAAAUGUAUAUUAUUUGAAUCUAACUUAUAUGGAAAUACUGUAUAAAGUAUAAACACUAAAGUCCAUAAUUUAGUUUUGGGUUGGAAAAAAUUUAAGUAUGCUAGCGUUGUAUAAACAAAUUAACUUUUUUUUAACUGAAUAAAAAGUUAAGAAACAGUGUGUAUCUGAGGUGUGUAUUAAUUCUAACUUAAAUGUGUUGGCCUAUAGUUAAAUUAACUCUUAACCUAUAACUUUUUGUUAUUGGUGCAUAUUAACUUAAUUUAACUAAGUUAAAAAAAAAAUCAUUAACUUGUCCAGCCUUAAUAAUCUAUUAUUAAAUGUAUAAAUAAAUAUGAAUGUUAUGUUAUUAUUUUAUUUAUGGUCUGUAAAUAUUUAGGUGAAACAUUUUACGAUAGCAACUUAAAAAGGAUUUUGGAUCUUAAUACAUCUGAUAAUUUCAAUGAAAACAAAAAUCAAAGUCUUCGAUUUUCUUAUGUUAAGAAGGCAAUUGAACUAUUAUCUUGUUUAAAAGAAUGUCUGUUAAAUCAUUCUGAUGAUUCUACUGAUAUAAUUUUAAGUGCUAUUCAUUGUGCUACAGUAUCAAGAUGCAUACAUUCUGUCGUCACUCAUGGUUUUAUUCCAUGUCUUAUACCAAGUAUAUGGAAAUCAUUUGAGAAUUACCAAAAAUAUGAACAAACCUUCGAAAAAAUUACACCUGAUACAACAUAUGAAGAACUAAAAUUUAAUGUGAAUUCAUUUUUUGAUCUGAUAAAAGAGCCUACAUUAAAAAGACUUAUACUAGUGAAACAUACAAAUGUUUUAUUAGCGGGAGUAUGUCAAUUAUGUUUGUUACCCAUUGCAAAACCCGGUACAGGAAUUGCAACAGAAAGUGCUAUAGAUGAAUUAAAGUAUGAGCAAUUGAUAAAUGAACAGAAAACAUUUAAAAAUAUUCUCAAAAACCUAAUUUUGAUAAAUAGAGAUCCUUUAUUUAUCCGAGAAAUAAUAUUUGUUCUUGGUCAUAAGAAUUGCCAAAAACAUAUAAAGCUUGGGCUUGGAGAAUUAUUUUCAGAUUUGUUGAUACAAUCUAAUGGAAUUCAAACAUUUUUAAGAGUUGCGUGUGAUUUAAUUUCUGAAACAUCACAAAACUUUAACCAGCAUGGUCUUCAAGAAUGGUCAAAUUUAAUCCAUAAUUAUUACAUAAAAUCAAAAACGAAGUAUACUGACUAUAUUGUACCUCAGAUAUUGGAGUUAUUAAGAUCAAACACACAUUUUCAUCAACUCCAAUUUCGGAGCAUUGCUGUUUUUUGCAUUCAUUUAAUGUCAAUAGAAAAUUAUAAUGAUUUUCUAGCAUUAUAUAUAAGCCCAAUUGAACAAUUAAUGAAAAUAAAUAAAAUUCAAAAUGAUGAAAGUAUUAUAUUUUCAAGAUGUGUUGAAGAUUUACAUUCCCUUUUUUAUUUAUUCAGGAAUGAAAUUUGGUCUUUAAAUCCAAAAUUAUUGACAUAUGUUGCUGCAACUAUAUACAAUGUGUAUACAGCUGUUGCUAAUGGUGUAUAUUAUUUAAAAUCUAAACUAGAAGAUUUAGUUUUCUUAAUAUUUAUUAAUUUUUCUGAUUGUAAAGAUCAUUUAAAACUGAUAAUAUUUUCUCAAUACCAAAUUUCUGUAAGAUAUGAUGAUGAUAGUGGAAAUAUACAAAUAAAAUAUGUUGAAAAAGAACACCAGUUAAAUUUAGAAAAUCAAGUUGAUUUGAUUUUAGAUUUAAUAGACAAGCGUGCAGACUCAAAAUUAAUGAAAACAAUGUUUAUAACAUUUCUUGAUAUGUACACAGAUGUAUCAUCAAAUGACUAUUCUAUAAUGGAAAAACUAUUCAUUGUUAAAGCUAUUCAUCACUUAAUUGAAAAAGAUGAUGUGCAAAAAUCAAUAUCUACUGACCCAGAAAUAGUUUUAAAUUUCAUUAAGUCAAUACUAAAAGUUAUAAGUGAAAAUAAUGUAAUUGAUGUCGAAGUUCUCUCUAUCGCAUUGAUGGUACUUGGAUGUGUACUAGAAAACACCAAUAAAAUUUGUCAAUUUGAUUGUAUCAUUGAUUACCUCACAAAGAUUUUGGAGAUUGUAAAGGAUGCCAUAUUCAAAGAUUUGAUUCUAGAAACACUUGAAAAAAUUAAACAGAUUCAUAAAAUUUCUUCAAAACAACCAGCGGGUAUUCAACGAACAAUUGAUGAUGUGUUAUUUGAUACCAGAGACCCAUUAUUACCUUGUAGAUCACAUGCAUUAAUGGAGUUAAAAAAAUUGAUAGAAUCCGGAGAUAAAAUGGUUCUUGUGAAGAAAACAGCAAUAUUAAUCGUAAUUCAGGAGAAUUUGAAGAACACAGAUUCAUAUUUGUAUUUAAGCGCCAUAUUCACAUUGUCUUCAUUAUGUUCGUAUUAUCCAAAUGAUGUUCUCCCAAUACUUUGUGAAGAGUACAGCAUGCCAAUAAAUUACAACUGUUCACCGGAAACUAGAUUAAAAAUCGGCGAAGUUUUGAUGAAAACUGUAAAAUCACUAAAUGAGACUAUUCCUUUGUAUAAAAACCGAUUACUUAACACUUUUAUGGCUGGCGUCAGAGACAAUGACCAUUUUGUGAGAGCAUCGAGUCUUUCCAAUCUCGCUGACAUUUGUCGAAUUUUGCGUUUUAAUCUUGGAUCAAUUAUUGAAGAAAUAGUUAAAUGUGUGGAUUAUGUAUUGCGAUUUGAUCCAGAGAUUGAACCCCGUAGAGCAGCUGUUUUAUUAUUACAAAUGAUCAUUCAAGGAGGAGAUUCAGAACUACUCCAAAUUUUGCCAGACACUAUAAAAAAAAUCUACCAUAUGCUCAAGGACCAAUAUCAGUACAACAAAGAUGAAACUAUCAAACUACAUGCUCAGGUGGCAAUAGAGAGAUUGAAUGAUAUAAUGAAGUCAUUAUUUUUGAACCAAAAUAAAUAAUAUUAUGCAUUUUUUUUAAUAAAUAAUAUCUCAUUUACGGAUUGUAAUAAUUUAUUUAUUUUAAAUUCUAAAAUUUAUGAAGUUCAUUGUUUAGAUUAAAAAUUAAUUGUUUGAUUUUAGAAACUACUUUGUAGGCAAGACACAGGUACGCAAUUAUACAAUUUUUAUACUUGUUAUUUAUCAUAAAUAUUUUUUAAUUAA